AUGCGUUAUACUCAUAGAGAUAUGCAACGAACAUUUGAAGUACCAUUUGGUUCAUGGCUGAUUCCAACCAUAGGUUCCUUACUUUGCAUACUUCUUAUGAAAGGUAUAGCAAAAACAACAGCUUAUCGUUUUCUUGUGUGGACAGCAUUAGGUCAAAUUAUUUAUUUUUCCUAUGGCUUUUGGCAUUCUAAACGACGAAAAAAAAUGAAAAGUGAAUCUGUUGCAAGUACGGUCGAGCUUGUAUCAACAUUAGAAUGGACUAUGCAACAAUAUAGGCACAAUGAGUCUGAAUCGGAUUUAGCCAGUGAAAAGACUGAAAGUGCAGCAUAA